AUGGCUACUGGUACUUGCGGCUUCCCCAUGCUAGGUCGGGAGCUGUUUGCGGCUGUUGUUGCAGCCGGGCUGAUGAUUCAUGACUAUACUCCGUACGCUGGGCUAUUUGUGAGCUGCCGAGGCUCCACAACGCGGCCCGGGCGAGGAUCCCAAGAAGGCCUGUCCAAGUUGGACGAUCCAGCCGCAACUUCUGGAUGCAAGCGACGGCUGAGCGCGAGAAAGGGUGCAAAGCCUUGGGACUCCAGCAAGGCGCAGAGGGCGCAGGAUCGUAGGAUGGCCUGGGGCCGGGCCUUUGCCUCUCGAAUCUCUGCGGACCGGCUCGCAGGCCAAGUCAGGGCGGGUCGGGUCGGUCUGGUUCUUGGCCUCAUCCCAUGGGCUAAACGAGGGGCCGAGCUGAGCUGCUGGUCCGCCAUGCCAUAUCAUUACCUCAUCUGA